GAUAUAAUUUAGUGCACGCAGUGUGUAUAGUAUUGAGAUUGGUAGAUUAGUAAACUAUGGGGUUGUGCUUGAUCCUGCUAUUACUGUUGUUCACACAGGGAUAUGUGCUACAUGCAGAGAUGUGUCAAAACCGCCCUAUAAACCUAACCAUCAGUCUGCCAUCAAAUCCCAUGCCUCCACUGCUACCACUACCAUCACCAUGUUUGCGAGGAUGCAUGACUCUAAAGUGUGGCCCCAGUGAUGUUACAAUCGCAUAUCUGAAAAAGGAAGAGUUGUGCUAUGUAGAAGCGAUGCUUUCAAAUAAUACGUAUUGCUGUCGGAAGGAGAGGAUGGGGCAAGGAAAUCAAAUGCAGAAUCGAGGAAACAUAACCUGCCAGCUGGCAGGGCCUGAUAUGCAACAUGGAGACAAGAAAAACAGGGACAAAGAAAAUAGUGAUAUGUCAGGCGGAGGUGACCACAAACUAAUAGCCGGCAUCGUUGGAAGUCUGAUAGUACUGUUGCUUGUGGCCAUAUUCGUUGUGCUUCUGGUUCAAAUCUUACGGAAAAGGCGGCAUGGACACACCCCACCAGGUGAAGGAAGUGGAUAUCGCAACAGAGGCACGACAGACACAUACACACACAGAGAGCCCUCUCCUUACGAAUGUCCCGUAAGAGAACCAAAAAACCGAGAUUAUGCUGAGCUUGAGAGAGAACAACCAACCGGCAGUGGCAGCCGAUAUGCCCGAGCAGAAUCUGGACCACCUCUAUGAAGAUGCAGACAAAUACUUUAUGGGUAAUAAUGGUGGGGAUUUUGCUGUCUCUGGUUAUGAACUAACUGGAAAGGGACAAAACGGACAAAGGCCACAGUUCAACUGCAUCAUAACUCCUCCCCCUGAGGAUGACUAUGCCAGUCCAGAUGAUGCAGUGGCCAACAACACGGGAGUGACAGUCGCACCACAUGAAACUGACAGUCAGAAGUCUACUGCAGUUGAGGAACCUCAGACAAAAGAGGUGGAACAACACGACUACGCUUUGUUGGAGAACGACCUCAAUGUAUUGAAAGGCAAUGGAGCAGCAACCGGCAAUAUGGAGGUGGAAGAAGAAGAAGGGGAAAGUGAGACCUCUCCGGUCUCAAUCCCAGACUGAGAGGAUAGUGUUCAUAGUCAUCAACAACAUGACCAACUUUAACACUGAAACCACUCCUAAGGAGUGAUGUGAUUUUUUACGAUGAUCUGUUU